UAAAUUCUUUACAUAACGAUAAUAAUUCAUUGUAGAUAAUAAGUAUGGGGUCGUGUGUCUGUAGAUGUCCUCCGCUCCCACUGCUACCGAGACAGUGUGCACCUGUGAUAAUCCACCAGGUGUGGCCUUUGCCAGCGCUUUCAUGGUGCCGCCCAACACUAUCGACUUCAAGCUUGUUUUCUCCAAGUUUGACCCCAACAACGCCUCUGUGUACGGCACACUGAUUGGUCUUCUGCUUGUCUGGGUGCUGGGCGUUGUGUGGGCCCGACGUCAGGAUAAGAAAGACAAGGAAAAGUGGUUAGUAAGUUUCCUAAAGGACAAUGCAGUGGAAGAAGGUUACCUGUACCUGCUGACAGUCCACACAGGGUUAAAACGAGGCUCUGGCACUAAAUCCAACGUUAGUUUCGUCCUCGGCGGCUCUCAUGCGGACUCCGGCAUCCGGGUCUUGUCGGAUGGCAAACGGGCACUAGCAACUGGGAGUGUGAUGAGGUACAUCAUGGCCACGGGGUCGUGUCUGGGACAUCUAGACUACGUACGCAUCUGGCACGACAACAGCGGCGGGUCUUGUGCCGGCUGGUUCCUGAGAAGAAUGGAUGUUGAAGACCUGCAGACGGGACAGAGUAUGCUGGAUGAAUAUUUGUAUGAGAGAACUCCGCUUGAUCCUCAUUCCAUCAGCAUAGUCUCCGUUAUCCAGGUAUUUGUUUGUAUGCGAGCGAUGGCUGGCCGUGGACAAGGACAACGGUGUUGUAGACCGUCUCGUUCCAUUGGCUCAGCAGGACGAGAUCAUGUCCUUCGACAGGCUGUUCUCGGAGUACACCAAAUCGGCAUCACCGACACCCACCUGUGGCUCUCCUGCUUCAUGCGUCCCGCGCCCAGCACCUUCACGCGCGUGCAGCGGGUGUCGUGUUGUCUAGUCCUGCUGCUGCUGACCAUGAUCACCAGCGCCAUGUUCUACAAGGCUGAGGACAGUGAGACUGGAGCCAGCGCAAGUGAAAAACUUUUCUAUUCUGUUUGUCCACAUAUAGACUUCCUUAAUUUUCCUUCUUUAAAAAAACUGUUUUUCUCUCAUCUUCACAGACUCAGAGGGCAUGGAAGUGAAACUUGCUUUCCUGCGCUUCUCCGUGACAACCUUGUGGACGUCGUCAGUCUCCAUCAUCAUCACCUCCAUUCCUAUCUUGAUUUUUGUUCUUAUCUUCCGCAAUUACCGGCCCCUAUCAGGGCCCAGGGCUCAAACCAAAAAUGCCUAAAGGGGGAAGUCACUAAAGCAGCAGACAUGCGUGACACGCCUGACCUCAAAGAGAACACAGGCAAGUCGGAAGAGAGCCCGAAGGACUCUAUGGGAAUCAAUCUGCAGACUAACCUGCUGCCCCACUACUGGUGCUACAUCGGCUGGCUGCUCCUGAUGGCGACUGCAGCGACCUGCGCCUUCUUCCUGGUGCUGUACAGCAUGCAGUGGGGCAUCACUACCUCCGAGGAAUGGCUUGCCUCCUUCGUGUUUCUCUUCUUUGAGAGCAUCUUUGUCAUGGACCCUAUCAAGAUCGCAUGGCUGCUCCCCCAGACCCGGUGCCAGCCAAUGUUUUGGCAGAAGUCUCGCAAGCGGCGGUUACUGGAGCAAGAGUCUCAGCGGGUCUUCUACGACCUCCUCCUCCACAGCUUCUUCGUCUUCUGUGUCUUCUCUCUGUCGUACGGCAGCCGAGACUUACAAUCUUUUUCCCAGAACAACCAUCUAGACUACCUGUUGUACAACUCGCUUGGGUGGUGCCCCAUUUCCCUUCGAAAGUGGGAAAGAACCCGUAUGGUCAAGGGCUACUCGUCCCUGCUCGGAAGGCGCCAGUAUUGCCCCCCUUACAGCAUGGGGCAGGAGGAGACGGAGAUGUACUGUGUAGGGUGGAAACCACUGGCUUCUUGCUCCUACGAAGAAAGAAAUACCAAGCUGAGCCGGGUCGCCUGGAUGUACCAGAGCUUUGAAGAACUAGAAGAGAAUAUUUGGCUGGAUGAACAGACGCGCGCCGUCUUCGUAGAGUUUUCGCUCUACAACCCCGACAGCAACCUGUUCUCCUACCUGCGACUCUCUGCUGAGUUCCCUGAGACUGGGGCAUCAUUCAUAGGAAGGGAAUUGAAAACAUUCCACAUCUACCAACACCUGCAAGCUAAUGGGCUACUACAUGUAUAUUGUCGAGAUCAUCACUGCUCUCGGUGUCCUCGUCUUCACCAUCAGGAUGGCAAUCAAGAUCAACAACAAAAAUUACUUUACUUCAGUAAUUCCUGGCAGAUGCUGGACCUGUUCAUCGUAUUAAUUUCCUACGGCGCCGUUGCCUUCUACGCCAUCAAGACAGUAAGGUCCAACGACUCCAUGGCUGCUUGGCGCGAUAACCCUAAGCAAUACGUGGACUUCUACCAGACGGCCUUCUGGGACAACAUGUACGGGUAUUGGCUGGGCGCCGUCGUCUUCCUCACCACCAUCCGCCUGCUGCGCAUCCUGGGCUACAACCGACGACUGACGAUGAUCGCCGCUGUGCUGGCCAACUCCGGCCGGGACCUGUUCGGCUUUUCACUCGUCUUCGCCGUCGUCUUCACGGCCUACCUGACAGCAGGCUACAUCGUCUUCGCCAGCACCUUGUCCGAGUUCCGCACUCCACUCGACUCGGCCUACGCCUUGUGCCAGAUGCUGCUGGGCAGGAACGUGCUGGCCGCCUUCUCCGAGGACCUGGAGAUGUUCGCCUGGAUCUUCUUCAUUUCCUAUGUCAUCCUGGUCUUCAUGAUCCUCAUGACAAUGUUCCAGGCGAUCCUGUGUGGGACCAGCACGACUGUCCGUACAGAUAUAAGCACCAUACCGGCUCCGUACGGACUGACCAACAUGUUCGUCAAGGUCUCCCACAUCAUCGCAGAUUUGCUCCCUGCCUGGCUUGUACAGGGAGACAGGUACUCUUCUGUGCGGUCGAAGGACAUGCGCAGUCAGGAGGGAACACAACAGCAGGUUGAUAUGCAGCGUCAGGCAUUGUAUAUCUCGAAGGAACAAUAA